AUGGAGGACUACGAUCAGCCAGAGAGCAAAUACGGAAGAAUUUAUAAAGUGGCCGGACCAUUGGUUGUCGCCGAGAAAAUGUCAGGAUCAAAGAUGUACGAGCUCGUGAAGGUAGGAUGGGAUAAACUCGUUGGAGAGAUCAUUAAGCUUGAAGGAGAUACUGCUUCUAUUUAAUGCUAUGAGGAUACUUCUGGUUUAACAAUUGGAGACCCCGUCUACAGAACUGGAAACCCUCUAUCAGUCGAACUCGGUCCAGGUAUCUUGAAGACUAUAUUCGACGGUAUUCAAAGACCUUUAGAGACUAUUGCCAAGAACUCCCAAAGUGUCUUCGUGCCGAGAGGUGUUGAUGUACCAUCCCUUGAUCAAGUUAAGGAGUGGGAGUUCACCCCCAACCACAAAUGGAAGGUCGGUGAUCUCAUUACUGGAGGUGAUGUUAUUGGAUCAGUCUUCGAAAAUGACUUGUUUAGUGAGCACAGAAUCAUGCUUCCACCAAAGACCUAUGGUAGAAUUAGAGAAAUCAUGCCAAAGGGUAUGUAUACCGUGUCACAACCAGUCAUUGUCGUUGAAUUCGAAGAUAAAUAAAAGGAAAUUAAUAUGAGUCACUUCUGGCCCGUCAGACAGCCAAGACCAGUCGCUGAAAAGCUCGCCGGUAAAACCCCACUUCUUACUGGUCAAAGAGUUCUUGAUGCUCUUUUCCCAACUGUGCAAGGCGGUACUUGCGCUAUUCCAGGUGCUUUCGGUUGCGGUAAAACUUGUAUUUCUCAGGCUCUUUCCAAGUAUUCUAACUCAGAAUGUAUUAUCUACGUCGGAUGUGGUGAGAGAGGAAACGAGAUGGCUGAGGUACUCUAGGAAUUCCCAGAGCUUCAAAUUGAUAUCAAUGGAAAGAAAUACGAUAUCAUGUAGAGAACAUGCUUGGUCGCCAACACCUCAAACAUGCCAGUCGCUGCUAGAGAAGCCUCAAUUUAUACUGGUAUUACUCUUGCUGAGUACUUCAGAGAUAUGGGAUUCAACGUAUCUAUGAUGGCAGACUCCACCUCACGUUGGGCUGAAGCCUUGAGAGAAAUCUCAGGUCGUCUUGCUGAAAUGCCAGCUGAUUCUGGUUACCCUGCUUAUCUUGGAGCUAAAUUGGCUUAAUUCUACGAAAGAGCUGGUAGAGUAAGAUGUCUUGGUUCACCAGACAGAGAGGGAUCAGUUUCAAUCGUCGGAGCCGUCUCACCACCAGGUGGUGAUUUCUCAGAUCCAGUUACCUCAUCAACCCUUGCUAUCGUGCAGGUCUUCUGGGGUUUAGAUAAGAAACUCGCUCAAAGAAAGCAUUUCCCAUCCCUCAACUGGUCAAUUUCCUAUUCUAACUACGACAGAAUUCUUGAGGAAUAUUAUAACCAAUACGAUCCAGAAUUCAUGAAGGUCAAGACCAAGAUCAGAGAAAUCCUAUAAGAAGAAGAGGAUCUUACUGAAAUCGUGCAAUUGGUCGGUAAAGACUCUCUUUCUGAAGAUCAAAAAGCAGUUCUUGAAAUGGCCAAGAUUAUUAGAGAAGAUUUCUUGCAACAAAACGCCUUCUCUGACUAUGAUUACAACUGCCCACUAUACAAGACUGUCGGAAUGAUGAAAGCUAUUGUUAAGUUCUUCGAAAACUCAAAGAGAGCAAUCAAUGAGUCAAUCAAGAGCGAGAAGAAGAUUUCAUGGGCUGUUAUCAACAAUUCAAUUGAGAAGCAACUUCUUGAACUAUCACAAAUGAAAUUCAAGGAUCCCAAGAUCCCACAAGAAGAGAUGAUGAAGUACUUCACCAACUUAAACGAGGAAAUUGAUAACGAAUUCAGAAGACUUUUACUUGGUUGA